AUGGAGACUGAAAGUGCUGCACUUGAACUGGCUGGAAUCUUUCUCUGCUUUGCUGGUUGUAUUCUCUCAGUUGUUGCCACUUUGCUUCCACAGUGGCUGAUGUAUUCUACAGAACUGCUGGUGACAGAAAAAUAUAUACAAGGCUUGUGGGAAGCUUGCGUUAUUCAUGAAUUAGGUACAAUACAGUGCGGACCCCAUGGUAAUCUCCUGGAGUUACCAGCUGAGAUCAGAGUAGCAAGGAUUCUCUUGUGUACUUCAGUCACUGCUGGCAUUCUAGGAUUCCUGAGUUCAUUUCUUGGUCUUAACUCUGUAAACUUCUUCAGCAAGAUUUUCUAUUUGAAAGGCAACACCAAAGCUUUUGGAGGCAUUCUGGCACUCCUGGCUGGGAUUGCAGCUCUAGUGCCUGUUUCGUAUGUAUCGCAUGUUACAUUGGUGAAGUUCUGGGAUCCCACCAUUCCUGAGAUCAUUCCUCGAUGGGAAUUUGGGAAUGCUAUAUUAUGUGGCUGGAUUGGCAGCUUCCUGUUCCUUUUUAGCAGCGUUUUUCUUUUUGUCUCAUACUACUGUGGCAAUCUGUCAAAUCUGGGUGUCCAUUCACACAUGGAAGCAGAAAUUCAGAGAAAUGUAAACUGCUGCAAAAUGGACUGUGUGUAGGUUGCAAAGGCAUCAAAUCCAUAUUUUCUUGUUCUGAGACAUCCUGUUCCACCUAGUAAUUAAAAUCUGUCUCUCUCUUUGUAUGCAUAUGUAUAUGAUAUGAAAUAUGUGUUAGACCUCUUCCAUGCAUAUCAGUAUUUGCCAUGA